AUGAAAAAUAAAAAAGCUGCUCAUAAUCAUAGUCAUGUACCUAAAGAAUACUUAACCACUGCUGGAAUGUCCACAGAUUAUGCUGAUGAAGGGGACCCGAUCUACAAGUGUAUAAGUUGUGGGGCAAUGGUGUGGCAUGCAGAAACUUUAAGAGGUAAAGAAGGGGGUAAAAAUGGAAGAUACUCAAUGUGUUGUAAGACCGGCAAAAUUGUUCUUCCAACAAAUUCCAAACCACCACCCCCGUUGCUAUCUGAUCUUUAUUUCAAUAGACAUCCAUUGAGUAAAAACUUUAUGGAAUUCAUCAGACAGUAUAAUAUGAUGUUUGCUUUUACGUCAAUGGGUGGAAAAAUUGAUAAAAAAGUGAACAACGGUCCUGGACCUUAUAUCUAUCGGAUACAAGGACAAAAUUGUCAUCGGAUGGGAGGAUUGGUUCCAAUAGAAGGUGAAGCUCCAAAGUUUUCACAGAUGUACAUAUACGACACAAUUAAUGAGGUUUCACACAGGCUAAAUGCAGUUAGUAAAACUGCUUCAGAUUCUACUGUAACCAAACAGAAACUAAAUCCAGAUCUGAUUGCUCAUUUGGUUGAAUUACUAAACGAUUGCAACCCGUUAGUCAAAACGUUCAGAAUGCUUAUCGGUCGAAGACAAAAGGAUGGUCGCACAUACAAUCUCCCAAGUGUUGAUGAAAUUGCAGCUCUGAUUGUUGGUGACAUAGAUAUGUCUUUUGAUGAACGUGAUAUUCUGAUUGAAAGUCAUUCUGGACAUUUAAAAAGAAUUAGUGAAUUGCAUCCACAGUAUCUUGCACUUCAAUAUCCACUAAAGUUAUACCAACAAUACUUGGUUGAUGUGUACACGAUGGUUGAGGCAGAAAGAAUUUCCUACGUAAGGAACAAUCAGUCCAAUUUAAGAACGGAUUCACUGAAGAACUUACAACAAGCUUCAAAUAGUAGAAUAACCGAGAGUGCAAACAUAGGUACAAAAGUUAUACUGCCUUAUUCAUUUACCGGUAGUCAUAGAUACAUGAUGCAGAACUACUUGGACGCAAUGGCAAUAUGCAGAUCCUAUGGAUAUCCUGAUCUCUUCUUAACGUUCACAUGCAAUCCACAAUGGCCUGAAGUUGUUAGGUAUAUGAAGCAGGUCAAACUAAAUCUGGAAGAUAGGGCCGAUACUUUAUCCAAAAUGUUUAAGAUUAAGGUUGAUCGGUUGAUGCAAGAUAUCAAAGAAAACAACAUUUUUGGUAAACUUGAGGCAGUUGUUUACACAAUUGAGUUCCAAAAACGUGGACUUCCUCAUGCUCAUAUAUGUCUAUUCUUGAAUGAGAAAGAUAAACUCAAGGACAUCGACUCAAUAGAUCAUUUUAUUUCUGCCGAGAUUCCAGAUGAAAAUGUUGAUCCAGAUCUUUAUAAAAUCGUAAGCAGCUUAAUGGUUCACGGUCCAUGUGGUGAAACCAAUAUGGAUGCUGCAUGUAUGGUUGACAAGAAAUGUUCUAAAAAUUUCCCCAAAGACUUUUCAGAUAUUACAACCAUCGACAAAGAUGGUUAUCCUCACUACCGCAGACCGGAUAACGCUGCAGUUGUUGAUGAAGACAUUGACGAAGUACAAGACUACUAUGAUUGUAAAUAUUUAUCAGCAUGUGAAUCAGUUUGGAGGAUUUUAGGAUUCGAUAUUCAUUGCAUAUUUCCUUCUGUUAUAAGGUUGCCUUUCCAUCUUGAAGGCGAACAGUAUAUAACAUUCACCGAAGAAUUAACUAUUGAAAAUGUUCUUAACAAGACUUCUGUCAAUUGUUCAAUGUUUUUAGAAUGGAUGAAGUGCAACAAGGAAAAUUCUUUGGCACGUACGUUAACGUAUGGUCAAUUCCCUGAACAUUUUACAUGGAAGACGGAUAAAAAAAAAUGGGCUCGACGAUCCAGAAAAGUGGUUUCUAUAGGAAGGAUUCAUAAUGUUUCUCUAAACACUAGUCAACUUUUUUACCUAAGAAUUUUGUUGAACCAUGUAAAAGGACCUGCAUCUUAUAAAGAAAUCAGGACUUAUGGAGGUAGAACCUAUGAAUCUUUUAAGGAGACUUGCUACGCUAUGGGUUUGUUGGAUGAUGACAAAGAAUACAUUGAGACAAUUAAAGAAGCAGCUCGCUCUGCAUCUGGUCCUUUUAUGAGAUCAUUAUUUGUGAUGAUGCUUCUAAGUGACUGCUUGGUCGACCCAGUUGUUGUAUGGCAACAAACAUCAAAUCUAUUGGCCGAAGACAUUCUUCAUAGGGAACACAAAGUACAAAAAAGACCAGAUAUGAACCUCACACAUGAACAAAUACUUGACGUUGCGUUGGUUGACAUCGAGAAAUUGUUACAACGUAACAACAGUACACUAAAGAAAUAUCAUGGUAUGCCUUACCCAGUUGGUACAUCUCUAUCUGACGUUGGAAAUAGACUUAUUGACGAUGAAAUGAACUAUCUAUUUGACCAACUACAGAUCGAACAUGGUAAUUUGUAUCGAAGUUUGACAGAUGAACAAAAGCAUGUUUAUGAAACAAUCAUUACAGCUGUUGGUGCACAACAAGGUGGUGUUUUUUUCUUAUACGGUUAUGGAGAUAGUCCACUAGCAGUAUUGUUACAGCAAACAAAGUUGAUCAUAUGGGACGAAGCCCCAAUGACAAACAAACAUUGCUUUGAAGCUUUAGAUAGAACUCUCCGAGACAUUUUAAAAUCAACUAACCCUCAAAGCACACACAUACCAUUUGGAGGUAAAGUUGUUGUUUUCGGUGGUGAUUUUAGACAGAUUCUUCCUGUUGUUCAACAAGGUACACGUCAAGAUAUAGUUAAUGCUUCACUUAAAUCAUCUUAUCUUUGGAACUAUUGUACUGUACUUAAACUUACAGUUAACAUGCGCCUUCAUGGAGGAACAAGUCUAUUAGAAAUCGUUGAGACAAAAGCAUUUGGGGAUUGGCUAUUGAGCAUUGGAGAAGGUACAAUAAAUAACCCAAAUGAUGGAGAAACUGAUGUUGAAAUUCCUGAAGAUAUACUCAUAACAGAUACAACCGAUCCUAUCAAAUCUAUCAUUGAUACCAUCUAUCCAGAGUUGAAUAGAAAUUUAGCAACCCCUUCUUACUUUCAACAAAGAGCAAUUCUGGCUCCAACACAUGAUGUUGUAGAUGUUAUCAACGACAAAAUGAUGGACCUAAUCAACGAAGAAGAAAAGGUAUAUCUAAGCUAUGACAAAAUCCCUGAAUCUGAUCUUGCUCAAGAUAUCAACAAAGAUUUGUAUUCUCCAGAUUUCCUCAAUGCCAUCAAUGUCGGCGGUCUCCCCAAACAUAAGUUGACUUUGAAGAAAGAUGUUCCAGUAAUGUUACUUAGAAAUAUUGAUCAAACUGCCGGACUUUGUAAUGGAACAAGGUUGCAAGUUGUUACACUUGGUGAUCGUGUUAUUGAAGCAAGAAUCAUUUCAGGAAACCAUAUUGGGAAAAAAAAAUUUAUUCCAAGAAUGACAUUGUCUCCAUCAGAUAAACGGAUUCCUUUUAGAUUACAAAGGAGACAGUUCUCAUUGGCCGUUUGUUUUGCAAUGACCAUCAAUAAAAGCCAAGGACAAUCGCUCUCAAAGGUUGGAUUGUAUCUAGAACGUCCAGUCUUCACACAUGGUCAAUUAUAUGUUGCACUUUCAAGGGUAACAAGCAAAAAAGGAUUGAAAGUUUUGAUAUGUGAUAAAAACAAGAAAAUUUCGAAGACUACAACAAAUGUUGUGUAUAAAGAAGUCUUGCACUCUCUGUAA